AUGGAGACGGAAAUACAAACCCUGAUUGCAUCACAAGCGAUUGCACCACAAGUGAACGAGGAAACACAAGCGAUUGCACAAUCACAACAAGUGAACGAGGAAAUACCAGCGAUUGCACAACAACAACCCAGAGUGACUAAGAAUCCUCGAAAAGUUGCAGCUGGUCUACCAAUUAAGGCUGCAGUAGAAAAUACACCUGUUUCCGCACUAAGAAGUACUCCAAUUCCUGUACCUGCAGCAGGAAUUACUGCAAGUCAUGUGCCUACUUCAAGAAAUACUUCAGUAACUGCGACUGGAAGUACGCAAGUUCCCGUUCCUGUAGCAGGAAAUACUCCAGUUCCUGUCAUAACAUCAAGAAAUACCCCUGAUCCUGGAACAGGAAGGACCCCAGUUCCUGUACCUGCCGCAGCAAGUUCGACAGUUCAUGUUCCUACUUCAAGAAAUACUUCAGUAACUGCCACUGGUAGUACACAAGUUCCCGUUCCUGUAGCAGGAAAUACUUCAGUUCCUGUCAUAACAUCAAGAAAUACCCCUGAUCCUCGAACAGGAAGGAACCCAGUUCCUGUAUCUGCCGCAGCAAGUUCGACAGUUCAUGUUCCUACUUCAAGAAAUACGUCAGUAACUGCCACUGGAAGUACGCAAGUUCCCGUUCCUGUAGCAGGAAAUACUCCAGUUCCUGUCAUAACAUCAAGAAAUACCCCUGAUCCUGGAACAGGAAGGACUCCAGGUCCUGUAUCUGCCGCAGCAAGUUCGACAGUUCAUGUUCCCACAUCACAACAUAUUUCAAUUACUGCAACUGGAAGCACGCAAGUUCCCAUUCCUGUAGCAGGAAGUACUCAAGUUCCAGUUAGUACAUCAAGAAACACUGCAAGAAGUACUACAGUUCAUGUUCCAAGACAUACUUCAGUUAUUGAAACAGGAAGUACUCCAGCUUCCACUCCUGAAGCAGGAAGUACUACAGUUCAUGGUCCAAGACACACUUCAGUUACUGAAACAGGAAGUACUCCAGCUACCACUCCUGAAGCAGGAAGUACUACAGUUCAUGUUCCAAUACACACUUCAGUUACUGAAACAGGAAGAACUCCAGUUACCACUCCUAAAGCAGGAAGUACUACAGUUCAUGUUCCAAGACAUACUUCAGUUUCUGAAACAGGAAGUACUCUAACUCCCACUCCUGAAGCAGGAAGUACUACAGUUCAUGGUCCAAGACAUACUUCAGUUACUGAAACAGGAAGUACUCCAGCUCCCACUCCUGAAGCAGGAAGUAAUACAGUUCAUGUUCCAAGACAUACUUCAGUUACUGAAAUAGGAAGUACUCCAGCUACCACUCCUGAAGCAGGAAGUACUACAGUUAAUGGUCCAAGACAUACUUCAGUUACUGAAACAGGAAGUACUCCAACUCCCACUCCUGAAGCAGGAAGUACUACAGUUCAUGGUCCAAGACAUACUUCAGUUACUGAAAUAGGAAGUACUCCAGCUCCCACUCCUGAAGCAGGAAGUAAUACAGUUCAUGUUCCAAGACAUACUUCAGUUACUGAAAUAGGAAGUACUCCAGCUACCACUCCUGAAGCAGGAAGUACUACAGUUCAUGGUCCAAGACAUACUUCAGUUACUGAAACAGGAAGUACUCCAACUCCCACUCCUGAAGCAGGAAGUACUACAGUUCAUGUUCCAAGACAUACUUCAGUUAUUGAAACAGGAAGUACUCAAGCUACCACUCCUGAAACAGGAAGUACUAGUGUUCAUGUUCCAAGACAUACUUCAGUUACUGCAACGGGAAGUACUCCAGUUACCACUCCUGAAGCAGGAAGUACUACAGUUUAUGUUCCAAGACAUACUUCAGUUACUGAAACGGGAAGUACUCCAGUUACCACUCCUGAAGCAGGAAGUACUACAGUUUAUGUUCCAAGACAUACUUCAGUUACUGAAACGGGAAGUACUCCAGUUACCACUCCUGAAGCAGGAAGUACUACAGUUCAUGUUCCAAGUAAUCCUGUAUCUACAAUUAUUGGGAUAAUACCUGUAACUGGGAAUGUGCGUACAUCUUCAAGCAGUACAGCAUCGGCAGCUACACUUGCAACUUCGCUCACUCAAAGAACGGACGGCACUGCAAGAUUUACAUCAUUAGAUGCAACCAACACGAGCGACUCACUGAAACCUGUUUCAUCGUCUCCUGUCCUACCUUCCGAUCUGUGCCUUGGAUGUAUUGUAACAUCAGGAUUUGGUUUCAAUCCAUAUCCCGGUGAUUGCUCUAAGUAUGUGCAAUGUGCGCCAAAGGCAGCUGGUUGGACAGUUUUUCUGCGAGAAUGUUCUCUUGGACAAUUUUGGAGCCAAGAUGCUCUGACCUGCGCACCAGCGGAAACUGUAAUGUGCAGUUCAGAUCCCUGUAUGGACACAGCAGGAAAUGCACACGUCUCAGUUGGUGGCAACUGUCGCACGUACUAUGAAUGCGUCGGUGGAAGAGUCAGAAGUGUCCGUUGUUGUCAAGAGUUACAGAUACUUGCUAAUGGUGGUUGUAAAGCCAGUUUAUCCAACCAAUGUAAAGACGUGUGCUUAUACAACGCAACACAAAGCAUAUCUGCAACUCUCACGAACACAAGCAGUCACUGCCAGGAAUCAGGAUACCGUCCCUUUUCUGAUGACGAGGCGAUGUAUCAACAGCGAGUGGCCAAUAGCUGGAUAACAAGACCCUGUCCGCCCAACACUAUUUUCUCUGCAACUGAUUGUACCUGCGUCAGAGAUAAUCGUGCCACAGCACAUUCAGCUGGAUCCCCCUGUUCGACUUUUGCAUACAUCCCCUUCAGAACUGACACUCUGGACAAGUCUGGCAAUGAACGAGAUACAACGGCGAUCGGUGUCGAUAUCUUAUAUCCUGGCAGGGAAGGGUAUGCUUACUUUUCCCCUCCUUCGCGCAUGGUCAUCUGGUCAACCUCUAACAUGGAAUUUGGACUUUAUAUCAAAAUCACCUUUAGUUUUCGACUUGAUUCAUCCAACGGGACUGAAGGUCAUUUCACAGUAAUAGGAAACUGUUUCCCUGGUGACUUGCGAGGACCAAGCAUAUAUAUCGGUACUCAGACAGGGUACAACCAAUCCGUACUUGCCAGUUUGGAUACGAGUGAUGACGUCAACGUAAAGGAUCUCUGGGUUAAGUAUGACGGAGGAUGGCAAAACGUGACGGUCAUAUAUGAUGGCAAUACGCUCAGUCUCACUGUUGGUAACAGGACGAACAGCAUUUCAAGGCAUGGAUACAUAACGAGACGGCAGACUGCACUUACUAUUGCUCGACCUUCACGACCACAGGAUCGGUACUUGAAGGCAUAUCUAAAAGAGUUGUGGAUAUCUACCUGCUGAACUGACUGAAUACAGACAGAGACGUGUCGUCUUGACACGAUGAGCCUCAGUGCAGUAUCAGUGAUUUUGAUUUUGGAUUGGGGUUAUUUCUACGAAUGUUGUAUAAAUAUGUUUUACACUUUCAUUUGUA